AUGGCUGCUGUAGCCUCUAAGGCCCCCUACACCUCCAACGUUGGCUUAGGGUCGAGUCAGCCGUCGGUCAUCUCACAAUACGCUGCCAGCUACCGGAAACCUGUGGGAAGUGGGGAUCCUCAUCCAGCUGGAGGCCACGGCCAAUUUCUCAGUCCCACCGAGUCCGAGUUCUCUAUCCAUGAUGGAGACGGCGAAGUCAUCAAGGCCUGGGAUGAGAAGAAAGUGUGUGACUGGCUCAGAGCCAUCAAUUGCAGCCAAUAUGAGCAGCUCUUUAAAGUCAACAACGUCACUGGUUCCAACCUCAUCGAGUGCGAUCAACUGGUGCUCAAGGAGAUGGGGAUCAAGAAGAUUGGCGAUCGAGUGCGCAUAUUUGUAGCCAUCAAAGCCUUGAGGACAAAGGCUGUGGGCAACUCCCGAAAGAGGAACAGAGACUCGUUGGCAGCCUUGGAUAGCCGGCAGAACUUGACCCCAUACACGCCUUCUUCCGCUAGCUCACCACGCCAUCUCAAUACCCCUCGGGAUCGCCAAGAUCAAGGGAGUGGAAGCAAUCGGCGUUGGUCACGCCAGAUUGAUUCGUCCAUGCUACAAGACUACUAUCCAAUGAACAGCAGUGCACGUCCAGGCUCGCCGAUGAAUGAGCACGACGGUAUGAGAAGUUUGCGAACACAGCGACCGGCCGGUAUGAGCCCGCUAGCUCCAGCGCAAGAGGGUAAAAAUGGCUACUUUGGUGCUCCUGCUACUUCUGCAAGGAAUGCCACGGGCACUGGCGUGCGACCUGCCACUCCGAAUUCAGGUCUUCCUAGACCGAACGCCAACACAGAUUCGACGGUUGGGAAGCUACCUGUUGGUCAGGCAGUAAUACGUGUCAUAUACAACGGCGGUCAAACAAAGGUGCUCAAUAUCAAGAACUGCAGAGCACUGGAUGACAUCAUUCUCAAUGUCUUGAAAAAGCUCAAUUUACCCGAAAAUCAGUCGAGAAAUUACUGCUUCUGGAACUUGGAUGGAAACGGCCAGGAUCUGGCCAACACGCACAAGCUGUCAGACACAGAGCUAUUACGAUUCUGCACCGAGCCGUACGACAGAAAUGAACGCGGACGACUGAUCCUUCGGAAACGACAUGCGGGCGAGCCCGACGAGGAGGAACUUCGAAAAGCUGCGGCCAUCAUGCUAGAAGAGCAGCAUGAGAAGCGUCAAGAGGCUCUCAAACAGAACAACCCUCGUAGCCGCAGUAAGAUAGAGCAACAGACAGGAGUCUCAUGGCAGGAGAUCUCAGACCCCCUAUCGCCCGCAACAUAUGGCGGAGGACGCUUCCCACCCCGAGACCGUAGCGGUAGCUCGGCCUCGUCCUACGGCUACGGAAACCCACCUCAACGUUCAGAUUCAAUGCAGAAACCCAAGAUCAAGGAAUUCAUGGGUGGACGACCUCCCAGUGAGCUGAUCAGCCAAGAACUCACGACUUACUUCCCCGGUCACGACAAGACCCACAUAGAGCGUACACCUCUAGCCGAGGAAUCUCCAGUCGAGCCAAAUCGAAAGUCGUACGUUUCCUUUGAGAGCGAUUCGCAAGUUGGCGGGAACAAUGGCAACGAAUCCGACACCUCGCACACUGCUCUUUCUAGCUAUUUCGAUGAGUCUGGCAGUAGUGGUCCCACCACGGAGGCAGGAGGUUCCUUGACUGAAAACCUUAGCACUGCCAUAGCUGCAGACGGAGAGGAGCCUGACGAAGAGCUGAAUCAGUUCCUCAAAGGCGACUCAUGGGACAAUGUGCGGUGGAUGCAAGGUGCUUUGAUCGGUCAAGGUUCUUUCGGCAGCGUUUUUCUUGCGUUGCAUGCUGUCACCGGAGAAUUGAUGGCCGUCAAACAAGUUGAGAUGCCUUCAAAGACAAACAGCGUGCUCGACAAGAAGAAGGAGAAUAUGCUAGCGGCCCUAAAGCGAGAAAUUGAUCUUCUUCGGGACCUCCAGCACGAGAACAUUGUCCAAUACCUUGGCUCCAACUCUGAUGACGAGCAUUUCAACAUCUUCCUCGAGUAUGUCCCAGGUGGUUCUGUUGCGGCUAUGCUCAAUUCCUAUGGUUCUCUUCAAGAGCCUUUAAUACGGAACUUUGUACGACAGAUCCUGACAGGCUUAUCCUAUCUACACGGCAGAGACAUCAUCCAUAGGGACAUCAAAGGCGCGAAUGUCCUCGUUGACAACAAAGGCAACAUCAAAAUCUCCGAUUUCGGUAUUUCCAAACGCGUCGAAGCGUCUGCACUACUCCAGCCGCAGAAGAACGGCGGUCAUCUCCACCGCCCUUCACUACAAGGUAGCGUGUUUUGGAUGGCGCCCGAAGUUGUCAGACAGACUUCGUAUACUCGUAAAGCGGACAUUUGGUCGCUGGGCUGCUUGAUCGUGGAGAUGUUCACUGGCACACACCCCUUCCCAAACUGCUCCCAAUUACAGGCAAUUUUCCAAAUUGGUAACAGCAGUGCUAAGCCUAAUAUACCGGACGGUGCAAGCUCAGAGGGGAAGGACUUCCUUAACAACACGUUUGAGAUUGAUCAUGAGAAGAGACCGAGUGCUGAUGAGCUGCUGCUCAGCCCUUUUCUGAAACAGAUUGCUUGA